UCAUUGUCUCAACCGCGUCCUUCUUCGGCACCACUCGACGCCGGCGGUUUGCAAAUCACUCUCCAUGGCAUGUCUCGUAAGCCCAGCACUACUUCGGUUGGUCACAGGAAUUCAGCUUCUAUUUCUGUUACACCUAUCCGUAACUCUACAGCACCCAAUGGCUCCAUAACAAACUCUACACUACAACCGAGAGUCGGGCUUACAGCCCCUUAUUUGUCUUCAUCUUCAUCUAGUUCUGCCACAGCUUCCAUUCCAGCUCCUCAGACAGAUGGGUCCGGAAAUCCAACGGAGACAGAAAGUUCUCUUUCGGUUGGUCUGAGCACUAAGAUGAAGGAAGCAGAGGAUGCGAUGACGAUUUCACCAAGCCUUUCGUGCUCUUCCGCCUGGAUAGAUGCAGUGAUGCCAUGCGGAACUUUUUCUCUGGCAUCUAAGCACCGAUCCACUGAUCUACGUCUCUGCCAAGAGGAUAUGCCAGUGUCGACACUACAGAAUCUUGUUGACUCUAGACGUGAGAAUAACAAAGAGAUAAUGAUAGGACUAGUAGAUGAGGGGUCAAUGGAUCAAGCACAGACUUCUAAACGCCUUCGGCUCUCCUUUGGACAGCCAGUCGUUUCAUCAUUAAAGGAAACCGAGACCGAAGUAUCUGCUGUUGCCUUAAAUAACGAAAAUCGAGUGCCACAACUUCCUACCGUAGAGUGCCUAGCAUUGCACAACGGGAACUCAGGUGUUAGUAAAUCUUCUGGCCUUCCGCUACUACAACCAACCUCGACUGGCGGGUUUUCUACGCCAUUAACAGAUGUGCCAAUAGAGGGUGCUAGAGCAACCACACAUAUUGUUCAAGGGAAAAGUGAAACCAAUCUCAUAGGAAACAUAACUCUCACAGGCCCCGUCACAGAUACAAUCGCUGCCUCCCUUGCCUUACCAUCCGAAUCCAGUUCUCCAUCCCACUUAAGUGGACAGAAGACGUCUCCAAAGGCACCAUCUGCAGCUGCUGCAGCGGCAGUAUGUAUGGCGGCUCGCCAUCGAGACAGAUUCUUGCGCAUUGUCCGUCGCUAUGCAGCUAAGCGAUGUCCUGUGGACUGUGUGAUACUGGUAGAGCAGUGCCGACCUUUUAACAGUGACACUCUCUUUAUGAAACAUUUUAUGGACAGCUACCUCAAAAAGAUACUCAGAUUUGCUCUUGCAUCAUUAUCUGUAUCCAUUUUCGUAAUUCUUUAUGACUAG